AUGGACGACUGCCCCCAGGAGUCGGAGAUGACGAUUGAUGGAAGGUUGGGGGAAAUUGGUAGACAACUUGAGGAAUUUGGUAACGACUUUCGGGAAAUCGAGACGGAAUUCAAUGAUAUUAAUAUCCGGUUCAGUGGUCUAGAUCGCCGCCAUGAUGAUGUUGAAGGCCUGUUCCAGGAAGUUGAUGCCCGAUUCGAUGAAGUGAAUACCCUGUUCGAUGGGGUUGACGCUCAAUUCACUGGAGUUGAGAAUAGAUGUAACGACUUUGACAACUGGUGCGACAGAGUUGAUAAGCGAUUCGACGGUUUUGAACAAGAUCUUCGAGAUGUGGUAGCUGAGCUUGCAAACUCCAAAGCGAUAAAUGCCAACCGUGUUCUGCGUCAAAUUCACCAACGUAUUAACCAAAUCCAGGUUCGCACGUUGACGCCUCUUGGCCUCCGUCAGAGGGCGAAGGGAGUUUUCGAAUCUGCCUUCUCCGGAGACAAGCCGAUUGAAACGCAACGGGCUCUUCAAACGAUUCGUGAUCUGGCAGUGUUCUAUGAAGUUUUGAUCUUACUCCGAUGA